UCUUUGCAAAAGAUAAGGGCCAGCUGAGUGAAAUAGAGGAGCCGCGGGGUUCUCUUCUCUUUGCAGGGUACCCCCGAGAGACCCGACGAGCAGCAGUGGACUUGCUUCAGCUGAAUCCCCCUUCUCCGGCGUCAUUUCGGCCGCCAGCGGUUUUCUCUGGGAUUGAAUUGCCUCGCCUUAGGAGCUUCUCGGUUCGUUGCGUCGUUUUCAGAGGCUGCUUCUGCAGUUUUUACUUCCAGAUUAGCACUAGAAACAAAUUUUAUGGCUGGAAAAGUUGCACAGAAAGCAGUGAAGGCAAUUGGGGAGUACCAAUACCCAUGGCGUGAAAAGCUGGCGAAAUACAAGGAUGAGCUAUCCAAGGGAGUGUGGGGAUAUUGGGAGCUUGGGGCGUGGAAGCCCUUGGGCAUUAGCGCUCGUCGCAGAGCUAGGCUCCGCAAGGAAGUCCUACUCGCAGGGCAAGACUGGCCAUUUGAUCCCGAGAGGAAGGAGAUGAGGAAUGUCCGGAAAGGACACAAGUGCGACAGGAUAGCCGCUGAGAAGCGUGAAAACACCGCGAGGCUGAUGGAGAAGAUGCCUGAUAUGUUGCUCGCCUACAAGAAGCGCAGGUGGGAGAAGAAGAUGAAGGAAGAGGACAAGAAGUGAAUCAGAAGAUUGCUCCCUUCUCUGUAAUGUUUUUGCAGAUUUCGCUUCUUGGACCUUUAAUAAGCAAUGUUGCUUCUACUAUACAUGGAUCAUUUGGCUGUUUUAGUGCACAAAAGAAAAGAUCGACUUCCUGGGAACGUGAAGAACUUGGAUACGGAUUGUUCACGGGGUAUGUCGAGUCACAUAUGUAGACUUGCUGCUAUUAUAUUUGGACCGCAAAAAUGUCAUAAUCUCAAUUCGAUUUAAACGGACUUAUAGAGA